CUUCCCAGAUCGCCUCGCGCUGCAUGUCGCCGCCAUGAUCGCUCAUCGGCUCGCCCCGCUGGUCUCCAAGCCAUUCCAGAUCGCUCCGCAUUUCCUGUCUCCCCGGCUGCAUGCAUCGCCCUUCUCCUCGGGCACGCUCCCUCUCUGUGCCGGCCACAACCGAUGGUCCAAGAUUGGCCGGCAAAAGGGUGCAAACGAUGUUGCCCGGGGCAAGGUCAUUUCCAAGCUCACCCGCCGGAUCAUUGCCGCCGUCCGCAACUUCAACGGCGACACCGACCCCAGGACCAACUUUGAGCUCGCUGCCGCCCUCAACGUUGCCAGACAGUUGCAGCUGCCCAGAUCCACAAUCGAUACCUCCAUCAAGAAGGGCCUCGGCAGCGACAAGGACGAUGAGGCCGACCUCGAAUCCAUCGCAUACGAAGGACUGGGACCGGCCGGUGUUGCUGUCAUUGUCCACACCUUGACCAACAACCGGAACAGAUCCUUCCAGACGGUGCGCCUGUGUUUUACCGAGAAUGGCGGGUCGCUGACGCCCGUUGCGUAUCUGUUUCAGAAGCGCGGCCGCAUCGUCGCCGCCCCCGGAUCGACCGGACACUCCCUCGACGACAUGUGCGACUCUGCCAUCGACUGCAAUGUCGAGGACAUUGGUGCAACCGACGAGUCCGACACCAGCGUCGAGCUGUGGUGUGCCACGAACCAGCUCGCGCAGAUCCGAGCCGCACUCGAGGCAAAAGGCUACGAGAUCCGCGAGACCGAAAUCACCUACUACAGCGAGGACAAGAUCGACGUGCCCGACGGCGAGCCGUCGGAUCAGUUCCAGAAACUGCUUGACGACCUCGACAACCUCGAAGAUGUCAUCUCCAUCUAUACGAACGCUGCAUAGUCCGGCG